AAUUUGACGGUUUGUUUUCAGAAAGAAGUUUGCGUUGAAACAAAUUAGAGAAUAUUUUGACACACGUUUAUUUUUAUAAUUUGAUCCUUUCACUACAGUCUCCAGACACUGAGCAUCGUGUCAUGAUGUCGCAUAGGAAGAAGCCGUCCAACGCACAUGGCUCCUCUCAGAGUACUAGUAACGCGGGUCCCACUGCGACUCAAGAAGAAGAAGAUGACGCAACCUUCACUCAGCCGAGCACAAUGCAGGUCCAGAAAGGGCUGGAGAAGCUCACACCUGCACAGGUCGACCAGAAAACAGCCGAGGUGGUGCAGUACUUCUUGGUGAAGGACCAGAAGAAGAUUCCUAUUCGCAGAGCAGAUCUUGUGAAACACGUGGUGAAGGAGUACAGAAACAUCUACCCUGAGAUCAUGAAGAGAGCAGCACGGACUUUUGACCAGGUAUUCGGCCUUAAAAUGGUGGAAAUUGACCCCAAAAAUCACCUGUACAUACUCAUCAAUAAAUUGGAGCCGGUUACGGGGGCCUCACCGAUCACUAACCCGACCAAUCCAAAACUGGGUCUGCUGUUUGUCAUCCUGAGUGUUAUCUUCAUGAAAGGAGGUGUUGUAAGAGAAAGCGUCGUCUGGAAAAUCCUGAAGAACCUCGGUGUUGACAUAGGAGAGAAGCACGAGGAGUUUGGUGACUCAAAGAAGGUGGUCAUUGAGGAGUUUGUGCGUCAAAGGUACCUGGAGUAUGUACGGAUCCCCCACACAGAGCCGGUGGAGCACCAGUUUCGUUGGGGUCAACGUGCAGAGGUGGAGGUGUCCAAACCAAAUAUCCUGCUGUUCAUGGGGGCACUCCAUGGUCAGGAACCUCAGAGCUGGAGUCAGCAGUACCAAGAGGCUCACCGCGCCCCCAACUCCAGCCAGUCUGGCACCAGCAGCCAGAGAUAACUUUUGUAGUGUUACAUUUUCUAUCUUGUUCAUUUUUGAAUGAUGGUGCUGAAAGACAAAAGCUGCAUCAGUGGCACAAUUGAAUCAUUUUGUUAGGCCUUGGAGUCCGUUUAAACUCAACAGCCAAAUCAAAUCCUCUAUUUUUUUAUGUUCCUAGGGUACCUACGAGCUGAUGUAAAUAUGUUCACAUUUAAUAUCACGCACAAAUAUUCAGGGUUCCAUUUUUGCUUUUAUUGCCUGAAAAAGGUAACAGUUCUUUGCUCAUGUUCAGAAAAUAAAAUCUCUUAUAUUUGA